AUGCCAUUCAAUACUCCAACAGGAUCUGCUGUCGUCGAUAUUAUGAAUGAAAGGAUUUUAAUCAAUUAUAUAAAGAUUUGUCACAAAGUCGCAGAAACUCAAAUUCUUUCAAAGUCUUUCAAUCUCGAGACCAUCACUGCUGCGGGUGCUGCUGCAGGUUGUGCUGAUACAGGUGGUUCUACUGCGGGUGGUGAAAGUGGUACAGGUGGUACAGGUGGUACAGGUGGCACAUCAACAAGUGGAUCAACAGGUAUAAUAGCAGGUAACUCUUCAGACGCAUCAGAGGACUCUUCAAAAGGUUCAUCAUCAGAUAGCAGAUCAUCAUCAGCCAAAUUAGCCCAAGAAGAUCUUCAAUCCGAAAAUCACAAUAUUAAAUCAGAGAUUAUAAUUCUUCAAGAUAAAUUCAGUAAAGAAUCUUUCAACAUUGGUCAUGAUACUCUAGUUGGUAUAUCAGAAGUUUCACCGAGUUCUCAUACUGAUAGAGGGGAUAGAUCCAUCAACAUUGGUUUUUCAAAGAAAUUGAUUAAAAGCAUGAAAUCGAAUGUUGAAGAAAUCAAUGGUGAUAGAAUCAAAGAGAUUGAACACGAAUCUGAAAGUUAUAGAAUUGCAAAAAAGAAUUUAGCAAUGGAAAAAGAUUUAGAAACCAAACAGUUUAUAGAAAGUCAAAGAAAUAGCAACCAAUAUCAAGAUAGUAAUGCUAAACUUACUGACCGUAUAAAGCGUUCCAAUGAACCAGGUGGAAAUGAUCAAUAG